AAAGUUGAACUUUGAGAGGUUCCAUUUGGCUGUAUCCUUAAAGAUUCACUUGUUCCCUUCAUAGUGUGUGCACUAUUUAGGGAAUGAAACCGGCGACUCGUAUCCUCUGUAGGGAGCUCUGUGGUGAAUGAGUGAAGAUUUCGGAUCUCAGCCUUUUGUUGCUUCGUCUUGCCUCUGGUGGAUACAUAAGUAUCAUCAGUAAUUUGUAUUGUUAUUUUACGCCAAUGGCCCUGAGGCUUUGUGAUGUCAUAAACUUUAUGUUUAUAACAGCCACAUCACAUUACGUGUAGGCCUAUGACAGACAGAAGCCUUAUUAGACAUUGCGCAACGACUCCAUGCGCAGAAAGUCGGCAAUGCAUUCUGGGCUGGAAAUGUUGCAUGAUGGGUAGAAAUCAUGUUCGACUUGACCAAAUGUACUGUAUCACCAAGACGCGCCAUGUCACAUGGUCCUAAACACUCGCGGGAUCAAAGCGCUGGCAGACAGACCCUGCAAUUCUUGCAGUUGCUCAUCUCCGUUGAUGCUUGUCGCAAGGGUCGCCGCAAGGGUCGAACUGGUUGGCCAAAAAUUCACGGACGUCUGGGUAGACACCACUACCCAGUCCCACUACCCUGAAAAAGUUUGCAAUUCACCCCACUGCCAAAGAUAGUAGAGCAGAGAGAUACCGGCCUACUUCAUGGUGGUUCAUAUGAAUGGGAGCUAGAAGCGGAGAUGAGUUCCAUACUGCUUGCAGGUUUAUGUUGUUAACGUAUGACUGACGUCUCGUGUGGCCAUGGGUCCAGGAAGUGGCUUGUCGUGAUGAAUCUUGGGAGGAUGCCAAUAGAUCUACGUACAGUAGGAUACUAGGUGUGACGUUGACCGCCUCUUUGUAUUGGAACAGAUGGCUCAAAUUGAUUGACGCCAUUCAAAAGAAAGACGAUUAUCGCACACUUCAUUGGCUUUGUGAAUUUAUGUUAUUCAGUGCCAACUUGAUGGCUGCCAUCUUUGAUGCGGGGUAACAUUGCUUGAAUGAGCAUCAAGUGCCGGUCCGACAAUGACUGGUGCCCCAGGUAGCAUCUAUGGAGGAUAUCUACCAUCUCUGACGCUGCCGACAUCAUCAAUGCGCGCCACUUCCUGGCUGCCUCUGAUAACCUCAUCAUUGAGUGCCCAUCGGAAAAUGUUUGUCGCUAUAUGACAACAACAAUCAAACACAACUCAGUUUGUGUAAGUCGAAAAUCUAUAUAACGUCACAGGACAGGACUUGGGGUUGGAGUUGGGCAGCUGGGACAGUAUGGCAUUCGUUUGCACAGUUUGCAUUGUUAAUUCAGCACUUAGAGAAUAGGACCAACACCACCACAAGUGUUAAAUUCGACUUUAAGUGUUGACUUGACACUGCUUAAGUAACUGUGUAGCCUCUGACCUGGCUUUUUUAUUAUUUAACCCUCCCACACACCAUGAUACCCUGGACACUUCUUCAUCCACUGUUGUGAUAAUCACAGCAAGUGGUCAUGUGUGCUUGUGUGGGCAAGUGGGUCGUGUAUGAGUUUGUUUUUCUUUUUUUUUAUUUAAAACACUUGACACUAAACAUAUUUAGCUAGGACAAUCUGUUUGUGUGUGUAUAUGUAGGCACCUACGUAUGUAGGCGUGUGUGUGUGUGUGUGUGUGUGUGUGUGUGUGUGUGUGUGUGUGUGUGUGUGUGUGUGUGUGUGUGUGUGUGUGUGUGUGUGUGUGUGUGUGUGUGUGUGUGUGUGUGUGUGUGUAUUUGCAUUUGUCCUAUGUAUGUUUUUUCAGCUUUUGCCUUUAAGUGUCAUCAUGAUUUGUGUGUCUAAUCCUUUACUAAAGAUGAUACGCUGCAUUUGACGUUUUGUUUUCCAUAUUUUAUUUUUUGUGUUUUUUUAAAUGCUGCUCCUCGCUUUUUGUCCUGGCCAAGCUUAUGUUUAAGUGUAAGCAUGUGUGUAUGGGAGUGUGUCUGUGUGCACAUUUGUAUGUAAGUGAAAGACAGAGAGAAAAAGAGAGACAAGAAGGUGAAAGAGGAAAGUGGAGAGAGUGAAUGAGUGUUGCUAUCCUAUGCCCUACUAUUCAUGUGUAGUGUUCUGCUCGCUCAGACUGAUGGGAACUUUUUGGUUCCUCUGUGCUGUUCUAGUGCUCUUCUGUGUGUUGUGUCAACCCCACCCCACCCCAUGGACUGGUUCUAUAGAACUGCUGAGCACAGAACCGAGAACCAUUCAGGAUGAAUCUGGAACUUUCCCAUGACUUCAACUUGGGGUGGCGGUUUGUUUGUUUGUUUUCUUUCUUCUUUUGACUGCUUGGACACUCCUUGGACCUGGUGGUCUUGUCUUUUCAUUUGUUUUAGGUUUUAUUUCUUUUUUUUAUUUCUUCCUUGAUUCCUGAGUGUCGAGAGACAGAAGUAACAAAAGGAAGGGUUUGUGAUAAUCUGUGGUUGAAUGUGCAAAACAAGUCAAUAAAGGUCAAAAAAAGUUGAA